CCUUCGGCCACUCCUAUAAAUAACAGUCUUGCGAUCAACCUGCAUCAAACCCACGAGCGACGAACUGCGCCAAAGAGAGAAAACUUCGUGAGAAUAUGAGAGUAAUACGACUCUCAGCUUGAGAGGUCAAGAAGGUGGGGUCGUUAUUGAAGCAGAAAACCAAGAAGCGUCGGAGGAAGAGAAACUCGCCGGAGGAAGGGGAAGCUGCCAACAUCUGCUCGAUCGGCUGUCAUAAGACGUCCUCCGCCGGCCUGCCGCCGUGAAACUCAUCCGGCGUAGACACCAUGCCACCGAGGAGAGACCCGAAUGCCGUCCCUACCAAUGCCGAGCUGGCGCAAGCUCUCACGCUGCUCACCCAGACAAUCACUGUGGCAUUUCAAAACCAACCCAACAACGGCAAUAACAUGGAGAGUCGUGUAGCGGCACGAAACCCGCCGAGCUUCCUUGGGCAAGAGGAUCCAGUCCUUCUCGAGAAUUGGAUACGAUCCUUCGACAAGCUGUUUGAUGCGGUCAAUUGCCCGGUAGAUCAACGAAUUAACAUUGCCGUGUAUUAUCUGCAUGAAGAAGCAGAUAAAUGGUGGCUUCAUGUGGGACCAGGGAUGAGCGCACAACCGGACUUCACUUGGGAUCUGUUCAAGCGUGCACUGCGGAAGAGAUUUUACCCGCCACACGUACAAGCAGAAAAUCGUGACAAGUUCUUACACUUGAAGCAAGGGGACAUGACGGUGCAAGAAUAUCACAGUCAAUUUGUUACCCUAGCAGAAUUUGCAACAUCAAUUGUACCCGAUGAGGAGAGUAAGAUCGAGAAGUUCAUCGGAGGACUGAACUACGACACACAGAAGAUGAUGAUGGUGCAAGACUGGCAAACAUUGGAUGAUGCCUAUUACAAGGCUGCGAAGCACUACCGGGUAAUACAACUCCAGCGAGAAGCCCACAAGAAAAUCCGGAAGAACGAGGAGGAGAAUAAGGCAAGGGAGAAGAGGCUCAAAACUCAUCAGCAGGAACAACAACCCACGGGGAGGAGGGAAGAUCGUCCACAAGAUGGAAGGAGAUUCCCCGGGCAUGGUCCAAGGCAAGAUCAACGAUAUGCGCCAAGAGACAGGCAUUACCAUUGCAAGUUGUGCCAACGAGAUCACCCUGGUGUUGACUGUGAUGGAAAAGUGGUGAACUGUUUCAUUUGCGGGAAGAGGGGACAUCGGGCAUACGAAUGCCUAAACAAAGAAAAGGCGGGUCAUCAAAACCAAGGUCCUAACCGAGGAGGUGCAACCCAAGGUGGAAAUCAAGAGGGGAAUAGGCCGGGAAAUCACAACAAUAACAAUCGCGACCGUGAUGCCAACCGCAAUCAGAACCAAAACCAAAAUCAGAACCAAGGCGGGGGCAACCAAAGAAAUCAGGGCCGCAUAUACGUGAUGAACAAGGCACAAGCCAAUGCCCAUGACGUGGUUUCAGAUGAUGUGGUUUAUGAAGAUUGAUGCCUUGAGAGCGCUCCUAGAAGACUUUUAGAGUAGUCACAUCUAGAAUAAACAUUGUUAGUUUUCAUUAUUUCAAAUGUUAAAUUGAAUAUUUGUUUAGAUACAUUUUUGGUGGAUAGCCUUAGCAUCCAGUCGGUUUAGGGCUGGGUGUGGCGGUAACACGCCCCUUUUCCUUGUUAUUGUUUAAUUCCGCUGCAAACAAUUGAAAGUUUUGAAUAAUUAAUAAAAUUUAUUAUUUCUUUAAGUAUUAUUUUGGGAGGGAAAUUUGGGGGUGUUACAAACCCACCCGAAGAACAACCCGAGCAUCAUCCCGAUCAAGCCGACAAUCAAGGACAUGAAGAUGUCCACAAUGCACUUCCCGACCCUCCUCAAAACCCGCCACCCCAAGACUUUUUCCAACAACUCUUGGCGGGUCAACAAUCCCUCCUUGCCGGCUUCCAAACCAUGAGCCUCGAUUACACAAAGAUGGGUAGGCAAUUUACCCAACUUCAAGAAGAGCUAGGCCAAUACCGGGCGGAGCAACAAGCAAGGGACCGCCAAUUUGAUGCUUUCCGGACCGAGCAACAAUCGGCAUUCCAAAGGAUGGAGGAGCAAAGGGCGGCCGAUAUGCAAAGGUAUGAGGACGACUACCGGAGGAUGUAUGGGCCCACAUACUCAUACAUGUCCCACAUCGGCGGCUUUGCAUCUAUGUCCUCACCACCACCGGCACCCUCUUGGUAUAACCCCUCCGAUUGGGGUAAUUUCGGCGGCUCCACUUCCGGCGGUGGUGGCUAUGACGGCGGGGAUACGACCAUGGGCGAGGGAGGUGGCGAUUAUAUGCAGGGAAGCGGCUUUGGAGGCGGAUAUUAUGUCGGAGAAGGUGGGCACUAAGGAUAGUGCCACGUUUCAAGUGUGGGGGAGGAAGCAUCAUCUCUUGGUAUGUCACAAUCCCUUUAUCUUUUUUUUUUUUACCUUGUACUAAGCAUUAGUUUCUACAAAUAAAUUGUUCAAAUGUAAAAAAGAAAAAAAAAAUGAAAAAAAAAAAAAAAAAAGAAAUGAAAUGCUAGUUAGGUUGAAAACCCAAAAAGGGCAAUCUAAGCAACAAGGGCUUACAAAAAAAAAUGAUGAGUGAGUGGUAAGAAAGAAAAAGAAAAGAGAUGCUAGGAUGAAAACCUGAAAAGGCUCCUAGGCAAAAUGAGAGAUAUGAGAGAAGCAUUUGCGUUUUGCAGGGCACUAUCUCUUGGGGAGGAAGAAGAAAGGAAGAAGAAGAAGUGAGGAGCAUAGAAGACCAUUAAACCCAAGGAAAAAUUUGUUUUGUAACUUCAUUUACAAUACUUGGUGGUUUUAGUUCCUUAUUUCUUCUUAUCUAUGAACUCAUGGUCUGUUGAUGGACAUUAUGUAAACAUUUGGUUUUACUCGAGGACGAGUCAAUAAACUAAGUGUGGGGGAGUUGACAUUCGUGUAAUUUCCAUAUUUAAAUUUGUACUUUUAAUUAGUUUCGAGUGAUUGUUACUUUGGAAAUUACACACUUUUGGUGUAAACAGUUUAGUUUGUAAAAUAUUUGUAAUAUGUUUAGAUUAG